AUGGGUACAAGAAAUUCUGGGCGUAGACGUGGGGGCUCCACAACGAGUGGCUCGUCGGGAAAACAGGCUGGGAAGAAAACUACAAAGGUAUCUGCCCCAUCAACGACGCUCAACGAGGUGUUGUCUCUGUUGAGCAUUCAGUACGAUAGCGAUUUGGGUGUUCUCAAUGGUGACUUCGUGACGCGUGCUCCGGAGCUGGCAGUGCUGACGUCUCUGAAGAAAAGCUUGGUGAAGCUUAGCGACCAAUUGGAGAUUGCGUCUAACAACGAUGAGUCUACUAUCGAACGGAUGCGUGAGAAGCAGAGGGAGUUGACGGCGGGUGGCGAUAUGGACACAGAGGCCGAGCCAGGGACUAAGGAAGCUACUGUGGAGCCUGAGGAGGAAGAAGGGGAGAUGGAAGAGUCGAUCAAACAGGAGGAUGGUGAAGAAGAGAAAGAGGUAGAAGAAGACAGCCAUGAUGAUGAUCAUAAUGGUGAUCAUGAUGACGACCCUGUUGAUGGUCCUGUUGAUGACAAAAAUAAACUGGAUACUACAACUGAAAGAAAGCUCAGUAUCGAGAGAAUGGAAAAUGAUCCCACGGUAAAAAACCCCAAAUCUGAGUUUGUUACAUCGCAAACAUUACCUGCAGCAGCGUUAGCAUUGGGGUUGUUUAACGAGGAAGACGGUGGAUUGCAUGAAACAGGUGAAGAAUACUUAAAGAAACGGUAUGGUGUUGCAUCGUACCCAAAGACUGAUUUGAGAGAUAAACUACCUGGUGAAAUUCCGGAUAUUGAUUUCUCAAAGUCGAAGCCGACAAACCAAGUGCAGUUUGCAACUUUUCAAACGUUCUUUGAGAACUUUUACAGACAAUUUACCGAUGAAGAUCUUAAGUUCUUGAAAGGAAAAUAUUUGAUCCCUGACUCACUGUCAAGUGAUCCAAACUAUGAUCCUAAUAUUACACCAUAUCUAAUACCUGAUUUGGGUCAACUCUAUGCAGAGAUUUGGAAUAACGAGGAAGGUGCUAUAAACUAUACAUCGCCAGUUGAGCCUAUUACCCUUGAUUCAAUAGAGCCAAAAAUGUCUUCAACUGAUUUAACGGAUGAGACGAUAGAUACAGAGAGCGUAUCAUGUGGUCCAUUGGUUUCCCGGCUCCUUAGUGCGAUAAUGAAAGAUGAAAGUUCUGAUGAUGAGGACGAAACAAGCAAUUCAAAUGAAACGAGAACCAGUGUUACAACACUCCCAGAUCAACCUGCUUGGAAAGUUUCAAGUGUAAAUACAGACUACACCACGCUUGAGGAUAGAUUGAAAAGGGAAUUGAAGUUUAUUGGGAUUUUCACAGAUUUGGGAAAUGAUUCAUCAAAGGCACAAGAUGGCGAAGACCGCGAGCCUAACUGGUUAAAGCCUGAAGAUGACGAAGUUUCCACAGAGCUUAGAGCUCUACAAAGCGAGUUGAGAGAAGUGUCAAAGCGCAACAACAAGCGCAAGAGAAUACUAAUACCUAUUAUCGAGCAACAAUUAGCAUGGCAGGAGUAUAAUUCGAUUUUGGAUGACUUGGAAAAGCAAAUCGACCAGACAUAUAUGAAACGUAUCCGUGUUCCAAAGAACAAGAAGCGUAAGACAGCAGCUACAAGUGUUCCGCCAUCUCUACAAACACAGAUGCAGCAACAAGCUGCUCAACAGGCAGCUGCUAAUGCAGCUGUUAAAUCUUUGUUGGAAAAACGCCAGAGAUGGAUAGACAAGAUUGGGCCUUUGUUUGACACAGGUGAUGGGAUCGAGAGUUUAAAGAAGUAUCCAAAAGAGAGUGUCUUUGAAAGAGAAAACCUGGACGAAGAUGAGGAUGAGGAUUACGAAGACGGUGACGAUCUUGUACUUCAACAGGAUAAUUGA